UACUUGUCCAAAUGAGGUGAAUAAGGUGUCCCUGGAUAGCAUUUGAAAUCUACUUUCAUUAUUGAGUGGUUUCUGAGCAAGAAGAGAUUAUUACCGACAAAAAUCGAGGUUGAGCGAACUGCUGCGUACACACUCGAGCAGUGAGAGAGUUGGUGUUUUUUGGUUCAUAUCUUGAGUUAUACUAAUCCGUGUGAGGUACCUGCGGAUAGCUCUCAAGAUAAGGAAUCCGUCAAGGUCUGGUUUGCAUCAAACGGAGUAGUGGAAAGCUUCCAAAUCAUCCGAACAAAACACAAACGCGCAGGGACGGAUUUACUUCUCUAAAGAAACGAGUUCGCCGGAAAACACCCAUUCUAGGGACUGUUUUCGUAUCAACGGUUAGAGGGUGUGCUAGCACUUUGAGGAGGCUGUUUAACACUCAUUUCUAAGAAAGGAAACAGUUCUCAAUCCACCUUGACCGAAGCUUUGACCAUUGAAUCAAGAAGGAAAAGUUUAAAGCUCAAUUAAGGUUGAGGCUAGAGCUUGCAUCAUGUGCUCGUUGAUCGAGUGAUUUCCCGGAGAGAAGACUUGGUUCGUGCUUCCUCCAUUCAGUUUGAAACAUUAAUAAAUUUGCUCAUGGAUAUUUUAAUUGAAGCCUGCGUGCUCAUGUUUUUCCCUAUGUGGCAUUUGAUUUCAAACUAUGUUUCCGCUGCGUAUUUAAUUACUUAUUAUGCAUGUUUAUGGAUGACUUAUGUGUUAAUGAUAUUCGAGACGCUUUGUAUGAUAUGUAUGUGUUCGACUUUGGUUGACUAUUCGUAUUGUACGGCGGGUUGUUGACGUGUCUGGAUCGGUCCGGGGCGUGACAUGAUUACUCUUUAUUUAUGUACCGCCGAGGUGACACACAAUUACAUGUUCUUGUUUAUGUGGAUGGUCUGAUUGUUGCUGGAAAUAAUUCUCCGUCUUUGUCUCAGUUCAAGCAAUAUCUGCAUAAUUGUUUCCACAUGAAGGAUUUGGGACCGCUUAAAUAUUUCCUGGGCGUUGAAGUAGCACGCAGUGCCGAGGGGUUAUUUCUUUGUCAACGAAAAUGUGCAUUGGAUAUUAUCUCCGAAGCUGGUCUCUUUGGUGCUAAACCUUCUCCCUGUCCUAUGGAGCCCAAUCAUUCUCUGGCAAUGGCUUCGGGGGAUUUAAUUUUGGACCUUGAAUCUUAUCUCCGCCUUGUGGGACUUCUUAUUUAUUUAUUUAUCAUUUACUUGUCCGGAUUUGGCCUAUGUUGUUCAUAUUUUAUCUCAGUUUAUGCAGGCACCACGUCAGGAGCAUUGACACGCAGCCCUCCGUAUAGUUCAUUAUCUUAAAGGUGCUCCCGACCAAGGCAUUCUUCUCUCUUCUUCCUCGGAGUUACAUUUCAUGGUCUGGUGUGACUCGGAUUGGGCGAGUUAUCCUCUCACUCGUCGCUCUCUCAAUGAUUGCUUGAUUUUUCUUGGAGGAUCUUUUGUCUCUUGGAAGACCAAGAAGCAGCAUACGGUCCCACGUUCUUCCGCGGAGGCGGAAUACCAAUCUAUGGCAACGGUUACUGCAGAACUCAGAUGGCUCAAGGGACUUUUAUUGUCUCUCAAGAUUGUUCAUUCCCGACCUAUGUCUUUAUUUUGUGACAGUCGCUAUGCUCUCCACAUUGCUCAGAAUCCUGUAUUUCAUGAACGUAUGAAACACAUUGAAGUUGAUUGUCACUACGUGCGGGAUGCUAUUCAGGACGGUCUUCUCACGACUCGUCAUGUUUCUACUGGUGAUCAAUUGGCUGACAUCUUUACUAAAGCCCUUGGACAACAACAUUUCCUUUUUCUUCUUAGCAAGUUGGACAUUUUAAUCCCCAUGCUCCAACUUGAGGGGACUUGAGGGGGGUGGGGGGGUGUUAUGGGCUUAUUUGUAUAUUUAUUUAGCUUAGCUUUAAUUUUAAUUAAUGGGCCAAGGGUUCCCUUAAACAUGUAUAUUUAUUGUAUCUCUGAAUGAAUAACACACAUAAUAUAUUUUUA